GGACCAUUGAGGUUUCUUUCCCAGACAGAAUCUGUCACAGCUUUUGCAGGAGACACAGUUUUGUUAACGUGUGAAGUAGUUGGAGAGCCUAUGCCGAUGGUACACUGGCAAAAAAACCUGGAGGACCUGAUCCUGAGCCCCAGUGACACCCGAGUGGCUGUCUUGCCCUCUGGAGCUUUACAGAUUAGCAGAAUCCAAGCAGGAGACAGUGGGAUCUAUAGAUGCCUUGCAAAAAAUCCUGCUAGUUCCAGAACUGGAAAUGAAGCAGAAGUCAGAGUUUUGACAGGUUCCAGAAACAUAACCUCAGCCAGACACUUUGGACAGACACUACAAGACUGCAGAAAACGAGAGAUGCUCACAUCACCACAUACGCUCCUCUAAUCAAUAUAGAGAAAAGAAUCUUCUUGUACACAGAAAAGAAUCCUAAGAUACAAAAUCACUCCCAAACUCAUCCCUGGUGUAAAUUGAUUGGUCCGGUUGGUUUCUUGAGAAGCCUGUACCCUGCUGAAGUGCAAUGAUUUUUUCCCCAAUGCAUAAGUUGUGUAGUUCAUUGUCU